CAAAGCCGUUGACCUUUGCCGAUUGUGUUGGGGAUGAACUUCCUUUAGGAUGGGAGACUGUAUACGAUAAACAGAUUGGGAUUUAUUACAUGGACCACAUAAAUAAGCUUACCCAGAUUGAGGAUCCCAGAGAACAGUGGCGGCGAGAGCAGGAACGGAUGCUGAAGGAGUAUUUGAUCGUAGCCCAGGAGGCUCUCAAUGCCAAGAAAGAAAUCUACCAGAUUAAGCAGCAGCGGUUCGAGCUGGCUCAGGAGGAGUACCAGCAGCUGCACAGAAUGUGUGAGGACGACACCCGCUCCUACACCGGCUGUGAGUCACCGCCUCCGGGGCUCACGUGCGUGACUUGAGAAGCCCCCUCUGCACUAGGUUAC